AUGCUGGCAAGUAAGAAUCAAUUUGGAAAUUGCCCAUUUUGGUGGCUUUUUUUUGUUAACAUAUUGAACCGUGAUUGCUUAGCGCAUCUCCUAGCACCUGCUAUUUUAUCGACAAAACUUCAGCUAAAAGCUGACACAAUCGAAUACGUUGGUUUCCCACAAUCAGCACUCAAUGGUACUGAGGUGGAAAUACGGCUUCAAUGCGCCGAUGAUUCAGACUUAACGUUUCAAGUACAGUAUGUUAUAAGAAGUUCUCCAUGUGAUAAGGAAUUUUUUGAUGCCAGCAGGCAUGUUCAAGUAAAAGAUUUGUUAAACUUCUACUUCGAGCACGAGUUUGAGAUACCUCCCGGAUACGAUUAUACCAAAAUUUUGUUCUACAAAUCUCAUCCACAGCAGUUCAAUUGUCGUCAGUCGCACGGCAUACUUGUUCUAGAAGAUGAGCAUCCACGUCGGCCGUUGGAAAUACAUCAUGUCAAAGAGGCAAGCUCCAAAUAUUCGAGUAUCAUAAGUUCAACCGCAUCUCAUUCUGUACGAGAUCAGCAGCACAUUAUUGGUCGACGUCAGCUGUUGAAAAGAAGGUUUAGACGUAAAUUUGCGGGUCUGAAUGGUGAUUCACUGGAUGGCGGCACUAAAACUACUCUUAGUUCUUGGCAUCCAGUGCAGAAACUUCCAGCAGAUGGCAUAUAUUUUUUGGUUAUUAAGUUUACCGUCAUAAAGUCCAAUUUAUUUGAAAAGACCACACAAGUACCGCUUGUCCACAAUUUAACAGUAGAUGUGCAGUGGCGUAGUCCUUAUGGACAUUUAAGUGCAAUCGAUUAUCCACUUCUCAGAUUUUAUGCUUUUAUGUGGCUUUUUUAUGCUAUAUUAGCUAUCAUUUGGUUAGUAUGUUGCUUACGUUACUGGAUGGAUAUUUUGAGGAUACAGUUUUGUAUCGGUGCUGUGAUCGUUGCUGGCAUGAUCGAGAAAGGAAUGUUUUAUUCGGAAUAUGCGGCAAUGAAUGAAGAAGGUUCUACUGUCCAUGGUUUCAUCGAGGCAGCGGAAUUGGUCUCAUGUUUGAAACGAACAAUGGCUCGUGUAUUGAUUAUAAUAGUUUCUCUUGGCUAUGGUGUUGUGAAACCAAGACUUGGCAGUACUAUCAGUCAGGUGAUUGGUGUGGGCUUUAUUUACUUUGUAUUCAGUGCUAUUGAAGCAAUCGCCAGGGUGAGCAAGAAUCAGGUAGAAGGAAUGAAACAAAAGCAGUUAGCAGCUUUGCCGUUGGUACUAGUUGAAGUAGUAAUCUUUUGGUGGAUUUUUACAUCACUUAUCAGUACCAUGCGAGUACUGAAAAUGAGAAGAAAUAUGGUAAAGCUUUCUGUAUACCGUCACUUCACCAAUGCGUUGUGCUUUUCAGCUUUUAUAAGCAUAAUAUUCAUGUGUUGGACAGUCUAUAUACACAAUAUGCAACGGUGCUUAGUUGAUUGGAAAGAAUACUGGGUCGACACAGCAUUUUGGCAUAUUCAGUUCUGUUGCAUUCUUGUCGUUAUCAUGAUUUUAUGGCGUCCAUCACGCAACAAUCAACGCUAUGCUUUCACGCCAUUGCUUGAUGAUAGCGAGGAUGAGAAUGACGACGAUGAGCUUUUCAAUACCAGUUAUUAUGCGAUGGCUGGAUUAAAUAAACGAACUGCUGCUGUGGGUGCUUGUGCUUCUUCCCAUGGUCAAAAAAGUUCGUCUAACAGGAAGCAAUAUGAAGCUCAAGAAAAUGAUCAGAAGUUGCAGGAUCUAUGUUUUAUCAGUGAUAUUGGCAUUAAUUUAUAUUCGGCGUUUUUCUGUCGUUGUGAUAGUGAGAAUUAUGAAGUUAAUGAAAAGGAGGAGCUAAAAUGGAUUGAAGACAAUAUUCCAAAUACAUUUGCUGACCGUUUGUUGGUAGAUGAUGAAGAAGACAGGAAGCAAAUGGAACUGGAACUUUCCAAAAUGCUUUAG